CUUUGUAGGUUGUUUGGGUACAGCCAUCCGUUGCUAUGCAACAGCAUUAAAUGUUAUUAUUUCGGUAAUGAGUUUCAAAUUGGGGUAAUUUUAUUUAAUUUCGUUAAAUUAUAACAGUGAAUCACCAUGACUGCUAAAGACGAAGGUGGUGAAGUUAAGCAAGUGAGAAAUAAAAAGCUCCUCCCUGAUCUGAGGAAGGAGGGCGUACUAACCAAAGAAAUAAUCCUUGCUACAAAAGAAAAGCACCAAGGUUCGACUGGAUAUCGGUUGUUCUCUCAUCACACACUCGCUAGUGUAAGAAGAAUGAGCUACUUCCACCCGUUCCACAUUCCAGACGACAGUCUGGACAUAGUGCUAGCGGCCACAUACAACCACACGACGGAACGGUUCGCAGACAAGGAGGACCUAUACCUCCAGCCGGAGACCAUCGGCUGCGACACCUGGCGCAGGCUGAGGAACACGUGCGAUUAUCACACUCCUGUUGUUUUAGAUCACCCGCUAUACCGCGGCGGGCUGACCGAGCGGCGCUCGCCAUUCAGCGUGAAGCUCAUGAACUCCGGCGUGCACUCGUCGCAGACCAAUCCCGGCUAUAGCCGCAAGCCGGCCGGCGGCGCCAUUUUCUUCUACUAAUAACCCAUGCAUAAAUAAAAAAGUUGAGCAAAUCCUUUUUGUACAUUCUGGCAACCCAGCUUUGUCAGCAGAUAAAGGCGCGAAUUUCAAUCAAUCAUGGCUUCCGUUCAGAAGCUAAAAUAUCUGUAGUUUUUCAGAUUAGGUCAUAACUUGUUUAUAUUAUUUGGUGUUGUGCCAGCCCAUAAGAUAUAACGACUUGUAUUUUUUUUUGUUAUGCUUUGAAUGUCCAAUCAACCUUGUCUGCUAAUGCUAACUAUACUUUGUAAAUAUUGUACCU